AGCCCGCAGCUGAAGGCCGAGCGGCAGAGACUGGGAAGCAGCAGGAAAAGUGGGGGUGGCGUUUUGGUUCAGCGGUAGCCGGCACCAACAUGUCUCACGCUUCUCCGCUCUCGAAACCGUCCAAUCCGAACAACCCCCGAGUCUUUUUCGAUGUGGACGUUGGGGGUGAACGAGUUGGUCGAAUGGUAUUAGAACUGUUUGCAGAUAUUGUACCUAAAAUUGCAGAAAAUUUUCGUGCAUUGUGCACUGGAGAAAAAGGUAUUGGGCCUACAACUGGAAAGCCUCUUCAUUAUAAAGGAUGUCCUUUCCACAGAAUUAUCAAGGAAUUUAUGAUCCAGGGUGGAGAUUUUUCAAAUCAGAAUGGAACAGGUGGAGAAAGUAUAUAUGGAGAAAAGUUUGAAGAUGAAAAUUUUCAUUAUAAGCAUGAUAAACCAGGUUUGCUGAGCAUGGCAAAUGCAGGAUGCAAUACAAAUGGUUCACAGUUCUUUAUCACAACUGUGCCCACCCCUCACCUUGAUGGGAAACACGUGGUCUUUGGGCAAGUGAUCAAGGGCAUGGGUGUUGCAAAACUUCUAGAAAAUGUUGAAGUAAAAGAAGAAAAACCUAUAAAGUUGUGCAUCAUUGCAGAAUGUGGAGAUCUAAAAGAAGGAGAAAACUGGGAAAUCUCUCCCAUGGAUUGUUUUGGAGAUAUUCAUGCAGACUUUCCUGAAGAUUCUGACAUAGAUUUAAAGGAAGUUGACAAGAUUGUGACUAUAGCUGAAGAUGUAAAAAAUAUAGGCAAUUCUUUCUUCAAAUCACAAAAUUGGGCAAUGGCAGUCAAGAAAUAUAACAAGUCUUUGAGAUACCUUGAAGCUUCAAAAGCUGUGGCAGAGAAAGAAAGUUCAAAGCUGAAUUCAGUAGCAUUGACAUGUUAUCUUAAUACUGCUGCAUGUAAACUGAAAUUAUUGGAAUGGCAGGAUGCAAUUGAAAACUGUGCUAAGGCUCUGGCCAUAGACCCCACAAAUACUAAAGCAUUUUAUAGAAAGGCCCAAGCUUGGGAAGGAACGAAAGAUUAUGAUAAGGCAUUGGUUGAGCUUCAGAAGGCUCAAGACAUAGCCCCUCAGGAUAAAGCCAUCCGAAUGGAAGUACAGAAAGUCAAGCAGAAGAUAAAAAAUGAUAAGGAAAAAGAGAGGGCAGCAUAUGCAAAGAUGUUUGCAUGAAUACAGUUUUUCUCUCUGUUUAUACAUAUAAUGGCAGGAUUAAUGUGAGUCAUUGUGGCAGCACACUUACAUCUAUGGUGUGUUUCAUAUAUUUACAUUUUGGAUUUAAAAGUAAUACUUUCAAACACUUGGUAAAGCUCAGCAUAAAAACACUUGUUGUAUUUUAGCUUAAUAUAUAAAAAACUACAAAAUAUCAAUGAUGCUGCAAAGAGCUUGUACAAGUACAGUGACAUACUACCAUUUUACAUGUUGCAGAUUGUUUGUAAUCCUUCAAUUCUUCUAGUAACUUUCAUUAUGAUUGCAAAGUGUAAUUUGUUACAGAAGUUGAAGAAAUAAACGAAAUUUCUAACUCA